GGAUGAUGGUGUGGGUAUCCGACUACGAUUUCGACCCCAAGGGUCAAAAGAUGAAUCCCGAGGCGGUUUCGCAUUUAGAGCACAUUUGCUCCCUCGACAUUGACUCGAAAACGCCGUUCGUGCGACUCUCCGGCAUCAUCUGUACGAUUGGACCGGCCUCGGUGUCGCCCGAAAUGCUCGAGAAAAUGAUGGCCACGGGCAUGAACAUUGCGCGGUUGAACUUUUCGCAUGGCUCCCACGAAUAUCACGCCAACACGAUCAAAAACAUCCGCGAAGCAGUCGAAAACUAUUCGAAGAAGUUGGGCAAACCGUUCCCGCUGGCCAUUGCACUCGAUACAAAGGGCCCGGAAAUCCGUACCGGUUUGAUCGAGGGCAGCGGUACCGGAGAAGUUGAGCUGAAGAAGGGUGAAAAGAUUCAGCUCACCACGGAUAAGGAGCAUCUGGAAAAGGGUAACAAGGACAAGAUCUAUGUCGACUACGUGAACAUCGUGAAGGUGGUCAAGCCGGGCGAUCAUGUGUUUGUCGAUGACGGUCUAAUUUCGCUGGUUGUGGAUAGUAUUUCGGGCGAUACGCUUACCUGCAACGUGGAAAAUGGUGGCAUGUUGGGUUCUAGGAAGGGUGUAAACCUGCCAGGCGUCCCUGUAGAUCUGCCGGCCGUGUCAGAAAAGGACAAGUCGGAUCUGGUGUUUGGCGUGGAGCAGGGAGUUGACGUAAUUUUCGCUUCCUUCAUCCGCAACGCUGCUGCGUUGAAGGAAAUUCGUGGCAUCCUCGGUGAAAAGGGAAAGCACAUCAAGGUUAUCUCGAAGAUCGAAAACCAGCAGGGCAUGCAGAAUCUGGAUAAGAUUAUUGAGGCAUCCGAUGGUAUUAUGGUUGCUCGCGGUGAUCUGGGCAUUGAAAUUCCGGCCGAAAAGGUGUUCUUGGCACAAAAAUCAAUGAUUGCGCGGUGCAACCGUGCAGGAAAACCGGUCAUUUGCGCAACCCAAAUGCUGGAAUCGAUGAUAAAGAAGCCACGCCCGACACGUGCCGAAAUCUCGGAUGUUGCCAAUGCCAUCAUCGACGGUGCGGAUUGCGUGAUGCUUUCGGGUGAGACUGCCAAGGGCGAGUACCCGCUUGAGUGUGUGCUAACAAUGGCCAAAACGUGCAAGGAAGCAGAGGCAGCCCUGUGGCACCGCAAUCUCUUCAAGGAUCUGGUUGACACGACGCCAACGCCUCUCGACACUGCUGCUUCCAUCGCCAUCGCUGGUGCGGAAGCUUCGACGAAGAGUCGCGCCGCCGCAAUCAUCGUCAUUACCACUUCUGGUCGUUCGGCGCACUUGAUCUCCAAGUAUCGGCCGCGCUGUCCGAUCAUUGCAGUGACUCGCUUCGCACAAACGGCACGCCAAUGCCAUCUGUACCGAGGAAUCUUGCCUGUCAUCUAUGAGCAGCCUGCAAUGGAGGAUUGGUUGAAGGAUGUCGAUGCCCGCGUGCAGUACGGUAUCGAGUUUGGCAAGGAGCGUGGAUUCUUGAAGCCAGGCAAUCCAAUUGUCGUCGUUACUGGCUGGAAGCAGGGCUCCGGAUUCACCAACACAAUCCGUGUAAUUAAUGUUGAAUAAAUAAGUAACAACGUAUCAUCAGAGCGUCAUAUAGAGAGGUGUGCUAAAAGUGUUGUUAUCUACCAAACAACAGCAGUCCAUCGGAAACAGCAGUCUAUUAUAGUGACUAUAAGCGGUAAACUAGAUUGUGUAGCAGCACAGUGAUUCAACUAAAACUGGAUGCCUAGAAUUUUUAAAUUACUUGGGCAGUCCAACUCACAGAGUGAAUAACACCCAUCCCGAGACAUUCAAUGUCCCUGCUCUUUAGUUGUUCCCAUCGUGCGUGCAGUUUAUUUAUUGUAACCCUAACACACUAAAUUAUUUUCCACACUAAAAACAAUAUGUGUUGGAUUGGUGCAGGUCUGAACCAAUAUCCAAAGAGACACAUGUAUGGUUUUAAAUUUUGAAAUUUUAUCACUAAGCGAGUUGAAAUUAUUUGAAUCAAUACGAAGAAGUUUAGCUCAGCGUAAGCGUUCGCAUGAAAUGGACAGAUAUAUUUGAAAUGCUGUAAAAGAGAACAAACACGCCACCACUAGAAUGUCAUGUGAUGCGCUAACAUUUUUCACACGCCAAGAAUCAUCUUUCAGCAUAAACAUCGUUGAGUACUAGUUACAGGUUAAUGAUAUGCGUCAAUGUGACGAAUAAAAGUUAUGACACUUAAAA